GUUACCUAAUUAAAUAGUGGUUAUCGAUGCUUAAAUUUAACCACAUCAAGCUAUCCAGAGCCAAACGGUAGCCUGGAUUUACUGAUGCCUUUUUUUGUCAGCGAACUAUUUACCUUUCAGCGUGGAAAUGCAGAAGAAAUGAAGAAGAGAGGAGAAAUCUUUUCCAAUUUCCGUUCUCCUUUCUCAGAAAUAACAAUGCAAAUGACUCGCAUGAAAUGCGAAUCCCUCCAUCUCUGCUUCUUCUACUGCCGCUGCUGAUAAGAUCCAACAGGCAACGAUGUCCCGGCGCAAACGUCCUCCUCCUCCUCCUCCACGUAAAAAGAAGCCACAGCAGCAGAAGGAAAAAGAGGAGGACGAUGACGAGGAGGAGGUCGCGGGUCUGGGCAUGGGCAACUCCCUGUCUCGCGACCCCCAGGUGUGCCUGGCCCUCUACAUCGCCAUGGCGCACGCCGGCCUCGCCCUCUCCCUCGCCCUCCUCUACGGCCUCACUCGCCUCCUCCGCGACUACUGGCGCCCCAUCCUGUGGGCCCUCCUCUGCUCCAUGCCCCUCCGCGAGCUCCACACCGCCAUCGUCUCCUUCUGGUCCCACCCCCUCCGCCUGGGCCUCCUCGAGACCCUCCUCGCCAUCCCCCUCGCCGCCUUCCGCUCCGCCGCAUCCUCCCUCAUCGACUCCCACGCCGCCGUCCUCCGCCUCCUCCACCGCCGCGCCCCCCUCCUCCCCACCCCCACCGCCCCCGUCGGCUUCUCCAAGCUCAUGCAGUGGCUCGUCUCCUUCGGCCUCUUCGUCCUCCUCCACGAGCGCGUCGGCCCCCUCUCCCUCCCCGUCUUCGCCGUCCCCGCUCUCCUCGCCUACGCCAACGGCUCCCGCCCGCCCCCCGUCGCCGCCACCCUCUCCCGCAUCCACAGCCGCCGCCGACCCCGCCCCGCCCGCACCCCCGUCCUCAGCCGCCUCUCCCGCUACCUCACCUCCGGCCUGCUCUCCCGCCUCCACACCCUCGUCGCCAUCAGCCUCAUCAUCUUCAUGAUCUUCGGCACCCUCUCCGGUUUCCUCUUCUUCUCCUACAAGAUCGGCAUCGAGGGCAGGGACGCGGUUAUCUCCAUCAAAACCCACCUCCAGCACCACAAUUACUCGCAGUGGAUCGGGUUUCAAAAGUGGAUGGAUGACAACGAUGUCCCCGUGCUCAUCGAGUCUUACACCUCCAAAUUCUACGAGAGCAUCUCCCAGUACAUCGACUCCCUUGCCCUCCAAUACAAUGCCACUGAGAUAGUGGAUGGUUUCAGGCUCCACUUGCUCAAGCCAUUGGAAUCUUCCAAUUCCUCGGCCAUAGCUGAGCAACGAGAACAUCAUCAUGCUUUCCCCAAGAAGCUGCAGAUUUUCCUCCACAGGGUCAGGAACCAGGAGUGGAGGUUGAUUUAUGCCGAGUCGGAUGGGGUUUUCAGAGAAUUCCUGGCUGUGAUUGCGAGGGACGACUUGAUGGAGAAGAUUAAGGCCAUCGCUCUUCAGAGCAUCGAUGUCUCGAAGCGGGUGUUUGCUAGUACCACCAUGGUUUUGGCAGGGAGUGCGAACAUCUUGUUCUCUGUCACUCUUUCGCUUCUCUCUGGGGCUGUGGAAUUGCUGAACUUUGUUUCCCAGCUCACACUUUUCUUCUGGCUUCUGUAUUAUCUGAUCACUUUGGAAUCAGGGGGUGUCAUGGACCAUGUUCUGGAGAUGCUUCCCAUCUCCAAGUCGACUCGUGUCCGAUGUGCAGAGGUUCUCGACCAUGCUGUCAGUAGUGUGUUGUUGGCCACUGCUAAGGUGGCCCUGUUCCAGGGGUGUUUUACUUAUCUUUUGUUCCGGUUCUACCGCAUACAUUUCCUCUAUGUCUCGACUUCCCUUGCAUGGAUGAGUGCUGUUUUCCCGAUAACCCCAUUUUGGCUUUCGUCCAUCCCUGCAGCAGCUCAGUUGGUUAUGGAAGCUAGAUAUGUUGAAGCUGUUGGAUUAACAGCGGUUCAUCUUGUACUUUUGGAUUAUGGUACAUGUGCCAUCCAAGAUGAGAUACCUGGGCAGAGCUCUUACCUGACAGGGCUUAGCAUUAUUGGUGGCAUUGCAUUGUUCCCAUCUGUCUUGGAGGUACCCCCACCCCUUGGGCCCUUGGCUAUCUCAAAGUAAACUUCAACGGCAGUAGGUCAGUGGAUGGUGUGACUGGAGGAGUUGGAUUUGUGAUCAGUGACCACUGUGGUAGGAUGCUUGCCGCAGGAGGGCAGCGUACACCAGGGCUUACAGUAGUUGGGGCAGAGUUGCGGGCUGUCUGAGAGGGCUUAUCCUACGCCAGGCAGGUGCUUGGUGUCGAACGGGUGCACCUUGAGGGAGACUCAGCGGUGGUGAUCGACUGGAUUCGGGGGGCGGACAGGUAUGGUGAUGGUCACCUCCUUAUCCGGGAGACUCAUAGGAUGGCUCAGCUGAUGAGCGGCUUUCAGGCAGAUCACGUGUUUAGGGAGGCGAACAAGGCCGCAGACUGGGUCGCCUCUUUUAUUGUCCGGCACUCCAAGGAUGUUUUGCGGACGUCUGCAUCAGAUGCUCCUUUUGCUUUGAUGUCAUUUCUUUCUUGUGAUUUGGCUAGUUGUACUCAUGUUAGACUUAUAUGAAUGAGUAGCCGUUUUUACCA